CGGAGCGCGGCAGAGAUGCGGGGGCCGUGGUGCGCGCUGCUGUGCUGCUGCUGGCUGUGGCUGCCGGCCGCGGCGGCGGGCGGGGGCGGCGGGGGCCGCGUGCUGGCCGGCGAGCCGGUCGACAUCUCCGAGUUCCCGUGGCAGGUGUCUGUGGAGUACGUGGGCGCGCACCGCUGCGGCGGCUCCGUCGUCAGCGCCGCCUGGGUCAUGACGAACGCGUGGUGCGUCGUGGGCGGCGAUCCGAUGUACUACCUGCUGCGCGUCGGCACGUCGACGCGCGGCAGCGGCGGAGACACCUACAACGCCAGCCGGCUGCUCUGGCACGAGGACUUCGACAACGCCAUCUCCGACAAAGACAUCGGCUUCUUCGAGGUCUCGGAUGCCAUCUGGUUCGACGACAACGUUCAGCCCGUGGCGCUGGCGGAAGAGGAGCCGUCGGCGGGCAGCCAGGUGACGGUGUCGGGCUGGGGCAGCGUGGACGCGGGCCAGGGCUACCCGGUGCAGCUGCACGCCGUCAACACGACCGUGCUGGACCGCGACGCGUGCAACGCCACGUUCGAGGGCCAGCUCAUCACCGAGGACAAGAUCUGCACGGCCGGGCCCGGCGGCGGGCUCGACUACUGCAACGGCGACUACGGCGGGCCGCUGGUCGCCAACGGCACGCAGUACGGCGUCGUCUCCUGGGGCUACGGCUGCUACUACCCGCAGUACCCGGGCGUCUACACCAACGUCGCCUCGCUGCGCUCCUGGAUCAACGACACCAUCGGCGUCUAGCCCGUUCUCCUCUUCUCGCCUUUCCGCGUUCACAAAUUUACCUCGCGUUUCCAGACGCGUGCACGUACGCGGAUGUCGGCGAGUACACUCUACGACAUAUUCGUUCAACUGUAUCUAAAUGUUUUACUGUACUUUUUUAAUGAAAUUCUUCCGCCGGUCAA